GGUUUUAGUAAUGGCGACGAAGAAGAGCGAAAAACCCAGCAAAGAAUCAAAGACGAAGAGCAAGGAAGAACACAAGGAAAGUGAGAUAUUCGCGUCAUGCUCUUUCUCCAGCCUCGGCCUCCACCCCACCUUAUGCGACGAGCUCCGAGAAAGGAUGGACUUCGAAGCUCCGACGCUGGUACAGGCCCAAGCGAUUCCAGUUAUUCUCUCUGGCCGUCAUGUACUUGUUAAUGCUGCUACUGGAACGGGCAAAACUGUUGCGUAUUUGGCUCCUAUUAUUCACCAAUUGCAGGAGCACGAACCUCGUAUUCAGCGGUCUGAUGGGACUUUUGCGUUGGUCCUCGUUCCAACGCGGGAGCUGUGCAUGCAGGUUUAUGAAGUAUUGCAAAAGUUAUUGCACCGUUUUCAUUGGAUUGUUCCAGGCUAUAUAAUGGGUGGUGAGAACAGGUCAAAGGAGAAAGCCAGGCUGCGCAAAGGCAUAUCUGUACUUGUUGCAACUCCCGGGCGCCUUUUGGACCAUUUAAGGCAUACAUCAUCAUUCUUGCACACUAACUUGCGUUGGAUAAUCUUCGAUGAAGCAGAUAGGAUUUUGGAAUUAGGAUUUGGGAAAGAAAUAGAGGAAAUAUUAGAUAUCUUAGGUUCAAGGCAUGAUGCGUCCGCUGACAAGGAGAUUGCUGAGUCAUAUAUUUCUGAUCAUCCUAGGCAGAAUGUUCUAUUGUCAGCUACCUUAAAUGAAAAAGUAAAUCAUCUUGCCAAAAUAAGUUUAGAGAAUCCUGUUAUGAUCGGCCUUGAUUACAAGAAAAUGCAGCCAGUGUUAUCAUUUAAAGAUUUUGGUUCAUUGGGAUCUGAUGCAAAUUAUGAAUUAGAACAUCCCGUGAAAAUGAUGAGCCCUUCAAAUGGAGAUUUUAGAGUUCCAGCUCAAUUAGUUCAGAGAUAUGUGAAAGUGUCCUGUGGCUUGCGGCUUGCUGUACUUCUUUCCAUUCUAAAGGAUCUUCUUGAGAGAGGAACUUCCCAAAAGAUUCAAGCUUUGAGGGCUGUCUUGUUAUGUUUUCAAGCCGUAUCCGGGCUAAAGGUGAACUUGGGUCAAUCAGAGUUGGUCCUGGUGGGAGAUGUGCAUAAUAUUAACUAUUUGGUGGAAUUAUUGGGGUGUAGAGUUGCUUAUUUGCCUAUGAAAUAUUUGGGUCUCUUGCUGGGGGGCGUCGUUCAAGGCAAACUAUAUUUGGGAUCAGGUGGUUGAGAAGAUUGAGAAAAGGUUGGCAGUGUAGAAAAUGUUGUAUUUCUCAAAAGGGGGUAGAAUCACCCUUAUAAAGAGUACU